UUAAUUUCAGCAUUUCUGCUGGGUUUGCCUGGAAAUCUCCAGUCCCGUUGCCCGGUUUGCUUUGUUUCGUAUUAUCACAUAAUUUCGAACCAGGGCACUCUACAAAAGUUUUUACAACAAUAUAAUAUGGUUUCAAGCCCAAAGGAAUUGGUUAGCUAACUGACAACGUUGGCAAUAUUACUGGAGAAAUCUGGUGGCCACAAGUGCAAGCGGGUCUACGGACAAUGUAACCGGUAUUAUAUGGUCAUUAAUAUCACUGACGUCGUUAUUCACUCCUUCUGCAAGCCUGGCUGACUAUCCAACCUGAAAAUGUUCCGCAGUGUAGUUGUUUUCCUGAUUUCUCUAAGCCCGAUGGGCAGACUGUCAGCCAGUGACUGGGAUGACUGGUGGGGCUACCAUGGAAUUUCUGGCUCGGAAUUUUGGGGAUUAUACAACCCUGAAUGGGAAAUUUGCAGCAAAGGCAGGUAUCAGUCACCUGUGGAUAUCGAUCCAAAAAAGUUGCUCUAUGAUCCCAAUUUACCGCUGCUCCAUAUUGACAAACACCGGAUUUCUGGAAAUUUUGCAAAUAAUGGCCACGGGAUUAUCUUUUCGGCUGCCAACACAACGGAUGUCCCGGUCAAUAUAACGUUCAUCGAUUCCCAUAACCCAGGUUACGUAUACCGCUUUGAAGAAAUCCAUCUGCAUUGGGGAAGCAGUGAAAAACAGGGAUCGGAGCAUUUUGUCCGUGGACAGUCAUUUCCUGGCGAAGUCCAAAUCUUUGCUUACAACAGUCUGUUGUACCGGAACUUUUCCCAAGCUGCAUCCGCUCCUUAUGGACUACUUGCUAUUUCGAUCCUAUGGCAGAUCGGCGAUAAUCCCAAUUCCGAACUUUCCCAUCUUUUGUCCAAAGUCGAGCACAUUCGAUAUAAAGGCUCCUGGCAAAAUGUCCAACAAUUAUCCAUAAGGGAACUGUUGCCUGACACAGACGCAUAUGUAACCUACGCUGGAUCGCUCACACAGCCCGGCUGUCACGAAACUGUCCAAUGGAUUGUUCUGAACAAGCCAAUAUACAUCAGCAAACAACAGUUGUAUGCCCUACGGAAAAUUCGAAGAGGAGAAAAGGAAUUCCCGGGCACGCUUAUGGAGAACAAUUAUCGGGCACUCAAACCAUUUGGAUCACAUAGAAUUUUCCGAACCAAUAUUGAUUUCUCUUACGUAACGAAGAGCGAAAGGGCAUGUCCUUCAAUGUAUAAGGAAUUUGUUUAUCAAGCAAAGGAAUGGAGCGUUUAAUUUGUGAUCCGCGAGGUAUGGCUCUGUGACGGACUAAGAGUUCCUCUACGGAUUCACAGCACCGCGAAAGACCAAUAAAUUUGCAAAAUUUUAUAAUCAACAUUUCCCAGUUGUGAUAAAAGAACUUGAUUGCUGUAUUUCGCCUCUGACUUCAGUAAAGUUACGUGUUUUUUACGUUGGUUUUUUAUUGUUGUGCUUCUGUGCUGUAGCAUAUGCUUAAAAUAAAACAGGUGUAAUGAGACUA